AUGAUUGACGAUAAAAAUAGGUUGUAAUUUUAAACUUAAGAUCAAUCAGCUAAAGCACAAAGUAUGUAUGAAUAUGUUCGUUGGAAAAUUAAUCAUGAAAAUUUUGAAAUUUAUUAUUACUUUUUGGAAUAAGAUUGUUAAUUACUUUAAGUGGGGGAUGAUCUUAAAGUUCUUUAUGAUAAAGAGGCUAAUUUUUUUAUUACUAUAAAUAAUGAUAAUUAGGGUUAACAAAAAUAUUAAGGUCAAUUAAAUAAUUAAGCCCUAGGAAGCGAAUUUAUAGGGAUAUAAUGUUUUAUAGGAUAAGAUUAACAACCAUUUUUUUAAGAAUAUGUGGAUCCAAAUUAAUAACUUGGAUAAGUAAUAAUAAAACAUCAUAAUAAUAGUAUAUCGAUUAAGUGAAUUAAAAAACCAAUAAAAAAUUUGAUACUUUUACUCUUCAUGAUAUUUAUGGACUUCAACUGACACAAGACCCAAACUAAUAUCUUUAAACAUUUAUUUAAUAUGAAGUGUUAAAUUUGGUUCUCCAUGAAAUCUAAAUACCUUAACCAAAACCUGUUAUCACUAUAUAAUGUUUUAUGGACUCAGAUUAGCAACUAUUUUUGUAAGAAUAAGUCGAUCCAAAUAUAUUGAUUGGAUAAGUAAUAAUAAAAUAUAAUAAUAAUAGUAUAUCGAUUAAGUAAAAUAAAAAACCAAUAAAAAAUUUGAUACUUUUACUCUUUUAAAUAAUAAUGGAGUUCAACUGACACAAGACCCAAACGAAUAUCUUUAAAUAUUUAUUUAAUAUGAAGUGUUAAAUUUGGUUCUCCAUGAAAUCUAAUUACCUUAACCAAAACCUGUUAUCACUAUAUAAUGUUUUAUGGACUCAGAUUAGCAACUAUUUUUGUAAGAAUAAGUCGAUCCAAAUAUAUUGAUUGGAUAAGUAAUAAUAAAAUAUAAUAAUAAUAGUAUAUCGAUUAAGUAAAAUAAAAAACCAAUAAAAAAUUUGAUACUUUUACUCUUUUAAAUAAUAAUGGAGUUCAACUGACACAAGACCCAAACGAAUAUCUUUAAAUAUUUAUUUAAUAUGAAGUGUUAAAUUUGGUUCUCCAUGAAAUCUAAUUACCUUAACCAAAACCUGUUAUCACUAUAUAAUGUUUUAUGGACUCAGAUUAGCAACUAUUUUUGUAAGAAUAAGUCGAUCCAAAUAUAUUGAUUGGAUAAGUAAUAAUAAAAUAUAAUAAUAAUAGUAUAUCGAUUAAGUAAAAUAAAAAACCAAUAAAAAAUUUGAUACUUUUACUCUUUUAAAUAAUAAUGGAGUUCAACUGACACAAGACCCAAACGAAUAUCUUUAAAUAUUUAUUUAAUAUGAAGUGUUAAAUUUGGUUCUCCAUGAAAUCUAAUUACCUUAACCAAAACCUGUUAUCACUAUAUAAUGUUUUAUGGACUCAGAUUAGCAACUAUUUUUGUAAGAAUAAGUCGAUCCAAAUAUAUUGAUUGGAUAAGUAAUAAUAAAAUAUAAUAAUAAUAGUAUAUCGAUUAAGUAAAAUAAAAAACCAAUAAAAAAUUUGAUACUUUUACUCUUUUAAAUAAUAAUGGAGUUCAACUGACACAAGACCCAAACGAAUAUCUUUAAACAUUUAUUUAAUAUGAAGUGUUAAAUUUGGUUCUCCAUGAAAUCUAAUUACCUUAACCAAAACCUGUUAUCACUAUAUAAUGUUUUAUGGACUCAGAUUAGCAACUAUUUUUGUAAGAAUAAGUCGAUCCAAAUAUAUUGAUUGGAUAAGUAAUAAUAAAACAUAAUAAUAAUAGUAUAUCGAUUAAGUAAAAUAAAAAACCAAUAAAAAAUUUGAUACUUUUACUCUUCAUGAUAUUUAUGGACUUCAACUGACACAAGACCCAAACUAAUAUCUUUAAACAUUUAUUUAAUAUGAAGUGUUAAAUUUGGUUCUCCAUGAAAUCUAAAUACCUUAACCAAAACCUGUUAUCACUAUAUAAUGUUUUAUGGACUCAGAUUAGCAACUAUUUUUGUAAGAAUAAGUCGAUCCAAAUAUAUUGAUUGGAUAAGUAAUAAUAAAAUAUAAUAAUAAUAGUAUAUCGAUUAAGUAAAAUAAAAAACCAAUAAAAAAUUUGAUACUUUUACUCUUCAUGAUAUUUAUGGACUUCAACUGACACAAGACCCAAACUAAUAUCUUUAAACAUUUAUUUAAUAUGAAGUGUUAAAUUUGGUUCUCCAUGAAAUCUAAAUACCUUAACAAAAACCUGUUAUCACUAUAUAAUGUUUUAUGGACUCAGAUUAACAACCAUUUUUGUAAGAAUAAGUCGAUCCAAAUAUAUAGAUUGGAUAAGUAAUAAUAAAACAUAAUAAUAAUAGUAUAUCGAUUAAGUAAAGUAAAAAUACAAUAAAAAAUCUGAUAAUUUUACUCUUUAUGAUAUCACUGGAGUUCAACUGACACAAGACCCAAACUAAUAUUUUUAAACAUUUAUUUAAUAUCAAGUUUUAAGCUUGACACUUUAUCAGACUUAGCCCUUGCUAAAACCUAUAAAUUAUUAGUCAAAGUAGUCUUUUUCUAAAUAAUAUUAGAAUUGCUUAAAUGAAAGAAUCUAUUCAAUCUUUUAAGAAUUUUUCACUUUACUUUGAUCCAUCAGGAGAAUUUGUUAUCUACAAAUAUCAUUUACCAAUUCAAUUUGAAGGUUGUAUAAAAAAAUCUAAAAGUACCUCGAGUAGUAAUAAGUAUUUCACCGAUUCUGAAUAUAAAUGGUUUAGUGCUCAUCAAAAAAAAUAUGAGUUUGCAGAACUUGAUCAAUACAGUUUUGCUAUUAAAUGGGAAGGAGGAAAUUUAAGUAUCUUAAAAUUAAAAUAAAAGUGA